UUAAUUAUUAAUAAAAUUAAAAAAUUAAUAUAUUAUAUAUAUUAUAUAUUAUACAGUACAAUUUUCAAAGGAGGAAGACCUAACCCUUCGGUCCAAACCUAACUUUCGGGUAUUAGAGUGUAGAGUGUUUUGUUUACCUGCCUUAAUCCUUCCGUUGCGCGCAAUCACAGCAACCCUCUUCAGGUAAAUUUCAGUACCCCAGGAGGUAUUUGACCGCUCCUGGGGUCAUUCAAACCAUUCAAAUAAACAAUAAAUGAGACGAGCUACGGCAGUCAAGGCCAAGCAAAUCGAAUAAAAGAAGAAGAAAAAGACAAAGAAAGAUUGAAACGAGCAUUAUGUUUAUGUUUGAAUAAAAAAUAAAGCACCUUCCGUCUUUGCACAAGAAAUUAUAAAAAAAUUUAAAUUAGGCAACAUUGCAGAAAUAAACUGUCAUCAAUCCAUACGUAAGCGAUCUGCGCAUACUGUAAUGGCGGCCAUAAUUUGAAAUUGAUGUGAAAAUUUCACAUUUUUAAAUGAGAUAAACACAAAAAUUAAAGCCGAGCGCAGUUAAUUGUUAAUUUUAAAAUGAUAAGAAGAUAUGACUGCUCCAAACAUAGGCUUCAGCCCUGCCGAGAUGAAUGAACAUUUCAAACAAUACCCAAGAACUUCAUCAAUAAAAGAUUAUUACAAAAUAUCAAAAAAAAGUGAAACUAAAACUUACACAAGAAACGCUACAGACAAUGAAAGUUCUGUAAAGAUAUCGAAAACAGAUGCGUUUAAAAAAUACAGACAUGUUCAAGAAACCCAAAACCAUUUUCGUAAAGCAAAUAUAAGUGCUUUCAGAAAAUUAAAAAAUGAUAAAGUUGGAAAGAAGGACCAUAAUACAAAUUCAACAAACGAUACGGAACUUCUUAAUAACCUCUUCAAUAACACCAACACUAAGAAAGUAUCCUUAUUUCCUUCUACAUUAGAAUCUAGUUCCCAGAAUGUUACAGAAACAAAUAUGGCUGCUCCAAACAUAGUUUCUACCCCUGGUCUUACCAAGAUCACUGAACCUUCCAAACAAUUUCCAAGAAAUGCAUCAAUAAAAGAUUAUUACGAAAUAUCAAAAAGUGAGACUAAAACUUACACACGCAAAAAUACAGACAAUGAAAGUUCUGUAAAGAUACUGAAAACAGAUGCGUUUAAAAAAUACAGAAAUGUUCAAGAAACCCAAAAUCAUUCUCCUAAAACAAAUUUAAAUGCUUGUAGAAAAUUGGAAAAUGAUGAAGUUGGAAAGAAGGACCAUAAUACCAAUUUAACUAACUAUACAGAACUAUUUGAUAACAUCUUAACUAAAAAAGAAUCUUUAUUACCCCCUACAUUAGAAUCUAGUUCCCAGAAUGUUACAGAAACAAAUAUGGCUGCUGCAAACUUAGUUUUUAGCGCUAUCGAGAUCACUGAACCUUCCAAACAAUUUCCAAGAAAUGCAUCGAUAACAGAUUAUUAUAAAAUAUCAAAAAGUGAAACUAAAACUUACACACGAAAAAAUACAGACAGUGAAAGUUCUGUAAAGGUAUUGAAAACAAAUGUGUUUAAGAAAUACAGAAAUGUUCAAAAUACCCAAAACCAUCUUCCUAAAACAAAUAUAAGUGAGUUUAAAAAAUUGAAAAAUCAAAAAUUUGGAAAGAAGGACUUUAAUACAAAUUCAACAAGCUAUACGGGACUUUUUAAUAACCUCUUCAAUAACUCCAACACUAAGAAAGAAUCUUUAUUACCUUCUACAUUAGAAUCUAGUUCCCGGAAUGUUACAGAAGCAAGUGAGUCUUUGAAUGUGUUUUCUAGUGACAAAAUUUCAAAUAUUAGAAGAGAAAAUAUUCUCAACAAAUGCAAUGUAAGAAAUGACACUAAAAUUAGCACAGAAGAAAGAAAAAUUAAUAAAAAUAUUGAAAAUUCAAAACGUCCUAAGGACAUUCUUAGAAAAUUUUUAAUGCAUUAUCAGAAACCUAAUACUAUUAAAUCAGAAGGUCUAAAUGAGAAUAUGAGACAGGAAGAAAAAAGUGAGGGGAAAGAUAUUUUCAACAAAUGUAACCUUAGAAAUGAGAAUAACACUGGAAAAAAUAGGCCUAACAAUGAAAGCAUUAAAACGAAGAUAGCAGAAAGAAAAAUUGAUACAGAUGUUGAAAAUUCGACACAUACUAAUGAUAGUGUCAGGAAAUUUUUACAGCAUUUUCAAAGGCCUAACGCUAUCAAUUCAGAAAAUAUGAAUGAGGAUACAGGCAUGGUAGAACAAGUUAAUAGUAGGGAAGAUAUGGUUAAACAUUUUAGUGUUAAAACUGAGAAUAAAGUUGAAAAAAGUUGGAAGCAUAAUAAGAACAAUAAACUAAAGGUAAUCAGAAAAAUUGGUAAGAGUAUCGAAAAUUCAAGAUGUACUAGUGACGGUCUUAAGAAACAUUUAGAUUUUCAGCUACCUAAUAAUAUUUAUUCAGAAAGGAGAAAUAAGAAUAUAAAAUCUGUGGAAAAAAACAGGAAAAAGGAUAUGUUUAAAAAUUUUAAUGUUACAAAUGAGAAUAAUGAGAAGGAAGAUGGGGAAAGCAAUGAAAACACUAAAAUGAAGAUAGAAAGAGAAGUUGAUAAAAAUGACGAAUAUUCAAACUGUACUAAUGACAGGCGUAGGAAUUUCUUACAAUAUUUUCAGAGACCUGUUAGUUUUGAUUCAGACGAGGUAAAUGAAGAUAGAGGCAAUUUAGAAAUAAAGAGAAGAGAAAAUAUGUUUAAAAAUUCUAAUGUCAGAAAUUACAAUAAAAUUGGACUAGAUUGGGAACAUAAUAAAAACAUCGAAAUAAAGAUUGUAGAACAAAAAAUUGACAAUAAUAUCGAAAAUUCACCAUCUAGUGAUAAAGUAAUUCAAGAGUUUCUACACCUUUUUCCGAAAUCUAAUAAUACUAGUUCAGAAAGUGUGGAUGGAAAUAUGGAAGAGUUAGAAAAAAUCGCAGGUGAAGAUUAUUUCGAAAAUGCUGACGCUAUAGAAGAAAAUGAGAUUCAAAGUGAUUUCGAGAACAAUGAAAGCACCGAAGUUGAGACUUCGGACUCUUCAUAUGUGUUUGAAAAUAACACAAUUCUCCAAGAUAUAUCGAAAUCACAGUUGCCGAAAGUAUUUGUUGAUCAAAAAAUGACCAAGGACAAUGAAAAAUCUAAAAGUGCCAUAGCACAUAAUUCAUUAAAGUUUAAGACACUUUUACAUCAAAAUAAUUAUGAUGAUUUAAAACAAAAAGCAGACGGUUUUGACGAUUAUAAGCAUGAGGAUUCAGAAAACAAUAAAAGUGCCGAAUUUAAAACUCCAGAAUUUUCAUAUGUGUUCCAAAAUAAUACAAUUCUCCAAGAUAUACCGAAAUCGCAGUCGCCAAAAGUAUUUGUUGAUCAAAAAAUGACCAAGGACAAUGAAAAAUCUAAUAGUGUUAUAGGAUAUAAUUCAUUAAAGCUUAAGACACUUUUACAUCAAAAUAAUUAUGAUGAUUUAAAACAAAGAGCGGACGUUGUUGAAGAUUAUAAAAUCAAAAACUUUGAAACCACUGUUAAACAUUACGAGGAGCCUUCAGUUUUUCUUCCCUCUCAAAUUGAAUCGUGUGUGAUAGAAUUUAAGAGUAAAAACAUUGAAACUACAGACGUCAAACAAUUAUCAGAUGCAGAGCAUAUUCUGCAUGCAACAGUUGAAAACCCUAAUCAGACCUAUAUAAACUUGCCUCGCACCCUAAAUGCUACACAAAGAAGUUCUGGCAACAAAGAAGGUAUUCCUUCUGAAAAGUCAACAACUGCCAGAAAAUCGGAACCACUAAGUAAUCUAUUGAAAAAUGCGUGUCUUAAAAAAAUAUACACUAGUACCAAAAAUAGCAUAUCUAAAGAAAUAGAUAUGGCACCAAAGGAACAUCGAACUGAAAAUGUUACAAGCGAACCCUCCAAUGAUGCCUCUCAUAGUAGUCCAGAUGAUGACAUAUUCUUAAUGCUCACUAAAGAAUAUGAGAAACAUAAAAAAAGGCAACAGCUAAUCGAUUCUGAAGCGGACAGUAAUGAAGAACGAUUUCUAAAAUGUUUACAGAAAACAUCGCUGGAUGUAAAAUCACGAAACAAAAAAAGGGCUUAUGUCAAAAGACUGAAAAAAGGAAAUAUGAAAAUAUACAGGCUUAAGAAGUUCAGGAAGAAUGUGAAUCUUAAAAAUCAGACAAAUGAAACUAAAACAUGUAUCAAGGAAGUUAUCGAGCAACUUACCCAAAAUUAUAUAGAACCUGAAUCACAACUUAGAAAAUCAGUAAGUUUUAGUUCGAAAUCGACGUCUUCGUCUUGUGUAACGGAUAGCAGUAAAUUGGAAAUAACAUCAGAUUCAGAAAAGCUAAAUACACAACAAGAUUUAGACAUGUAUUUAAAAAAUAAAUCCUUACUGUUCAAGGGGAAACCAGAGUGUUCACCAUAUUAUGACGCAAAUGAAAUAUUAGGAAGAAUACGUAAUAUUUUUGUGGUAGUCUACGAGGAUAUAGUAAAUGAAAAAGCGCCAGUUUUAGAGUACAGACGUCAUGAUUUUAAGAAACAUGUUCAAGAUGCAGCUCAAUUUACAACAAGUAGCGCCAAAAUUUCUUCCAAAUCAAAACAAAGUGCAGAGAAAUUUAGGCUAAUCUUGCUUCUCAUGAAAAAAAUCCAGGCGUUAUUGGAGACGAACACCAAAAUAACAAAAAGAGAGCUUUAUUACCAGAUGAAACACGUUGUAAAAAAUCAAGAUUACAUCGAUCGAGCUAUAAAUGCCAUCAGUUGUAUCCUGGAUGUAGGGCCGUGGGCUUUUAAUGUGGUUAGCCAGAAGGGAUUGGUGUUAGGGGAUUUAAAAAUUUUUAUGGCACAUGGUUCAGUCGUGGACUGCAGUAUAUCUGCUACACUAAUACCCCAAGAUAUAGAAGAUAUAGCAGAAUUACAUUCAACGGCCCGAUUUAUACUAGUAGUCGAAAAGGAAGCUAUUUUUCAAAAACUAAUUGACGAAGACUUCCAAACUAAACUAAAUGUACCAUUUAUUAUGAUCACAGGCAAAGGUUAUCCCGAUUUGAAUACGCAACUGUUUCUAAGAAAACUAUGGACCUCAAUGUCACUCCCUGUGUUUAUUUUGGUAGACUCAGAUCCUCACGGCAUUCAGAUUAUGUUGAAUUAUAAGUUUGGAUCUAUUAAAAACGCUCAUCUUUCUCGUUAUCUAGCAGUACCUAAAGCCAAAUGGAUAGGAGUAUAUCCAUCAGAAAUACACAAGUUUGAGAUAACUACCCAACCUUUGUCAGAUAGCGAUUUAAGCAGAAUUAACAACCUUCUAAGAGCGCAUUAUAUGGAUGACAACCCCGAAAUAGUGGCAGAACUGAAAAUAAUGUUGCAGCAUAAAUUAAAAGCAGGAAUUGAAGGAUUGAUCAAGAAUGAUGUAUUUUUAAGUGAUGUGUAUUUAACCAUGAAGUUUGUUAAUCUUUCGUUCAUUUGAAGUUACCUUAAGUUGUUUGUAUCUAUUAAAAAGUUGUUCAUAUAAAAAUAUAUUUUUAUACUUUG